AUGACUACCACGACCACGGCCGCACCUCCGCUGUUCGAGCCGCUCGACGAAAUGGGCUGCAAAGAACUUCCAACUCCGGUCAAAGAGCUCACCGGACCGAGCGAUACGAUCCCAUCGGAGCGUGCGUCCGUUGAUGCGGGGGAUGGGAAGACAAGGUUAGAGGCCAUCUCCAUUGUUGUCGUCUUGACAGGCGUCACUUUUAUCAGUGUCUCGGGAACAGGAAUUUUGACCACGGCUCUGCCGCGUAUUUCUACCGAUAUCCAGCUUGACCACAACCUCAUCUUUUGGCCGGCAUCCGUCUACGCGCUGUCUGCCGGAUGCACAUUGCUAGCCUUUGGCUCCGUCGCCGACGUUAUUGGCUACAAGCGCAUGUGGUUGGUUGGCAGCGGUGUCUCCUGUCCUUUGAUUCUCGCCUGCGGACUUGCCCGUUCCGGCAACCAGUUUAUCGUUUUCCGUGCUUUGUUGGGCCUCUCCGUCGCCAUGUGUCUUCCAAACUGCAUGUCGCUGGUCACAGCAUCCUUUCCGCCCGGAAACAGGAGAAACAUCGCCUUUGCGGCAACAGGCAUGGGCCAACCCUUAGGCUACGCACUAGGACUCAUCCUCGGUGGCGUCUUGACCGACACGAUUGGCUGGUGCUGGGGCUUUUACAUCACGGCCAUUAUCGAUGCCGUGUUAUUUUUAGCUUCCAUCUAUGUUAUUCCGUCCGACAAUGACGCCAAGAAACUUUCUAGAGCCUCCUGGCACAGACUGGCCCAUGACAUCGACUGGGUAAGCGUGGCCAUCCUCUCCGUGUCCUGCGGUUUGUUGUCAUAUGUUCUUGCAAUGGUUACGGUCAGCUACAAAAAUAUCUCCCAACCCCAAAACAUUGUGCUGCUUGUCUUCUCCGUCUUCCUUCUGCCUACAUUCUCCCUCUGGUCUAAGCGGCAAGAAAAGCACGGAGGGCCGGUUUUAAUCCCUAACACCGUGUGGGAAAACCUUCCGUUUGUCUCCAUCUGCAUAGCCAUGUUCUUCGCGUGGGCCGCAUUCAACGCCUUUCAGUACAUAUCCACGCUCUUCUUUCAGGACGUCCAGAGCCUCUCAGCUUUGCAAGCGUCUGUUCGCUUCUUGCCCAUGGCUGUGGUAGGCGUGCUGACCAACACCAUGGCUGCUCAUCUGGUCGCAAAGGUCAAUGUCAACAUGCUGUUAGGCAUCCCGGCUGUCAUUACUGCAGUGGCUCCUAUCUUGAUGGCGGUUGCAUCGCCUGAAUGGACGUACUGGACUGCGGCCUUUAUCGCCAUGGCGUUAAGUCCCAUCAGUGGAGAUGUGUUUUGGACGGUGUCCAACCUCGUCAUCAGCCGUGCUUUUCCUGCCAAAUCGCAGGCACUAGCUGGCGCCAUCUUCAAUACUGUCUCACAGUUGGGCAAUUCUGUUGGACUCGCCGUCACUGCCGCCAUUGCCGCCUCGAUCACUGAGCAUGAUGCGAAUGCAAACAGUGAGACAACGGGCCAACUUCUGCAGGGAUACCGAGCUGCCUACUGGACCAUUUUCGGUGGCAUGCUAGUGGUUUGCGCGGCCAGUUUCCUAGGGCUCCGUACCCUCGGAAAGGUUGGCAUUAAACAGGGACUGAAGCAGCUUAGCUUAGAGAACAACGACGAGAUGCAGUCUACACUAGGCAACGUCUAG